GUUGGUGUCAAAAGGUUGAAUUGAUUUCUUUUGCCGCCCGCACGCACUGUCGGGUUUUUGGGUGGUUCGAUGUUACGAAAAAGUAUCCCUGUGCUUUGCGGAGGAAAAUUUAUGGCCAAGGAUAUACAGCUGGAUGACGGUUGCCAUCCAGUUCAGUAGCUGUUGGACCGUGGUGGUGUGAACAUCAAAAUUGUUCAAGUACCUUUCUGUGGUAGUGGUAAAUGUUUGUGUUUAGUGUAUUAGAAAAAAAUCAAGCCGGAAAAAUGUGAUUGUGCUGGAUUAAUAGCUAUUUAAGCAAUUUCGUGCUUAGAAUAUGCUCCUGGGAUGUUAUGAUUUAGAUACAUAUGGUAGAGAUGAUAUAGUUAAUAUCGGCGAAAUUAACAGUUGAAGGUGUUAUUUGCCUGUUGCAUAUAUGUAAUACAUUGAAAUGCGCCAAAUGAAAAAGUGAGGAACGUGAUGGCAGUUUUUUGUUAGUAAGCCUCUGUCUGGUGUAUGCAGAACCUUCAGUUCCAUAUUCGGUAUUGGGAAUACGAGAUGAAAAACCCAAACCGAAAACUGUGAUUUAUAGCAAAUUGAAGUGUUCCUUUAUGCUUCGCGCUGUUGUUCCGAUGAGUUGUGAGGCAUCGCAAAUAUUGCUAACACAACCUUAGGAUUAGGUGAUUUAUGACCCCGGGUGUACGUGUGAAAUAUCGAAAAUGGUGAAUGAUAGUUACAGUUCACUGGUGCUGGCUACAUCAGCAGCUUCGGAUGGCCGUUUUAAUACUACCAUCGUUCCGACGACGACCUCUUUCACAUCCGGGAUGUCCCCGGAGGAGGAAGAAGAGAUAGAAAUGAUAGUGUCCCGUAUCGUGCCGAUCUUUUUCGGACUUAUCGGGAUAACUGGUCUGCUCGGAAACGCCCUCGUAGUGCUGGUUGUCAUCUCCAAUCCGUUGAUGCGAUCUACAACCAAUUUACUGAUUAUUAAUCUGGCCGUAGCGGACCUGCUGUUUGUGAUAUUCUGUAUACCGUUUACGGCUACGGAUUAUGUGCUAUCGUCGUGGCCAUUCGGAGACCUUUGGUGUAAAAGCGUCCAGUAUCUGAUCGUCGUGACGGCACACGCCAGCAUAUACACUCUGGUUCUGAUGUCUCUGGAUCGGUUUCUGGCGGUGGUACAUCCGAUUGCAAGCAUGGUGAUAAGAACUGAGAAGAACACAAUUUGGGCCAUUACAAUACUGUGGGUGGUGAUCAGCACGACGGCGCUUCCGGUUUCGUUCGCACACGGAGUUAAUAAAUUCCAGUACCGGGACCGGGAUCUCGCCUCCUGCACGUUCCUCGAGAACGAACAGUUCUCCCGUGUUGCCUUCCACAUCGCGUUCUUCUCCAGCUCGUACCUGGUGCCACUGGUGCUGAUUAGCGUGCUGUACAUGUGCAUGCUGUCCCGGCUGUGGCGGUCCUCCGUCGGGGGACGUUCCGCCGAGUCGAAGAAGAGCAAAAAACGUGUCACCCGGUUGGUAGUGGUCGUGGUUGCUGCCUUCGCUUCGCUGUGGUUCCCAAUACAGGUCAUACUGGUGCUGAAGAGUGUGGGUGUGUUUGUGUCGGAUUCGUACUUCAAGAUAUCGCUGCAAAUCAUUUCUCACGUGCUAGCGUACACAAGUUCCUGUAUCAACCCGCUGCUGUACGCGUUUCUGUCGGAAAACUUUCGGAAGGCUUUUCGAAAGAUCGUCUACUGUGGACCGAGCAGCCGGUGGCAGAACAACACACGGCACAUGCCGCUACCAACGAAAACGACACGCACGGGAAGCUGCCAGGGUCAGGACAUUUUAUAACCGGAAAUGGAGCAAACAUCCGUCGUAUACUUUUAGGGGAUCUAUAAAUCACACCUGUCAUCCUUCUGUUCACCUUCCUCACUACCAUCAUCAUCAUCAUGUCACAAUGGAAAAAGUUAUAAGUUUCGGAACGCUCUCGGUUCGGACCGCUGUCCGGAACUGCCGAUCAGGAUAAGCCACAUAAUUCAUCUGGCUUCUACCUUUUAACGGCGGUUGGUUCAAAUAUCCUACUGGGCGGAACGGACCGGCGGCAAAUUGUUAUCGCUAUCAUCGUCUAUAUUGCAGUCCUCGCCAACGGAAGGAUUAUCGCUUGCUGUUAGCUGUGGUGGAUGUGUCCGGUGUGAAACAGGCAAAACUCUUAUUCGCCUACUCAACCGGAUCGGAUCUACUGCAAACAACGGACACAUACCGCCCGACGGAACUCACUGGAUUACCUCUAAUUAUCCUGUGGCAGUUGUGCAACUGAUUUCCCUUCUUAUCGGGAGUGGUCGUUAGAUGGCAAACAUGCGGUAACUUUCAAACCAAACCGAAGACACAUGCUGCUUUACCGUUCUACCGAGCAACGAAUUUCAGAAGUAAGCACACACACACACACACACACAAACGCACUCAACCCAGUUAAUUUGGUAUGAAGCAGCUCCUCCCGGAUGCACACUAGGAUGGCCUACUUAGGUACGAUAUUUUAGUAUCACACUGGUAAGGUUAUGAGUUGAAUCGGUUCGGUUCGUACGGAUUAAGAAAUAGGUAUUUGAUUCGAGCAAACAGCUAUUUACCAAAAUCUCGUUGGUGUGGUCAACCUAUUGUGGACAGGUAGCAAAACUGGAGCAAUGAGAACAGAGCCUGGAAGCAUCGAGGGGUGUUCCAAUGUGUGUUUGUCGUUUUUACCGAGAAAUUUUUGUAGUUUAAGGAAACCUCGGAGCGAAAGAUGCGGAUCGGUUGGGGAACAGCAUUUUGGCAAUCUGAACCAGUCUGAAUUCAUCUAAGUUUGAAUGAGCGCAGUAUCGACGAUACCGGUGUAGUAGAAGGUCAACAAUGAAAAUGCUGUAAGUUUGGUUACGCUGCCAAUGAUUUGGUGGUAUAAAGAUGUUUCGAUUGAAACUCAUUUUGACAGGUCGUUAGAUUAUCUUCUUUGUAUUGCAACGACAUCCGACAGAACUAGUAAAAUAUGAUUUAAAUUAGGUUAGCGAUAGGUUUUCAACCGUUGCUUCUUCAUCGGUAAUUCUAGUUCCAUUCAAAAUUGUUUAUGCAUAAAUGGUGACCUAUUGUUAGUCCACUACUAUAGCGUUUUCGUUUACGCUUUCACACUGCAACGUAGUGUAAAAAUCCCAGGUUACACCCAAGUUUGAACGAGUGCACUAAUGACUACACCGGUGUAGUGAAAUGCCAAAAAUGGCAAUGAAAAGAUAGUGAAAAUUGACGUUCAUUUCAACGUUCAAAAAAGUUGGAAGAGCAAAUCCAUAUAACUUUUUGCCGUGUUCCAUUGGUUAACUUUACAAAUUGUGAAAUUGCACAACUCACUUUCAAAAUAGCCAUCUUAAUGCCUUCCAUGAAUUAUCGAUGACUUUUCUGUUUUAACGACAUCCCUCGAUGUAAGAGCUCUUUGGAGUUAAGUGCUUCAGAAGGCAAACGAACGUUCUUUGCUGGGUCUUUGAAUUUACCAAAUACAUCACAUCGAACAAGAAAAAAACCCGCCCCAGCCCUGUCCACUUCCGGCGGCCCGGCACCAGGUUAGGACGAAGAGGGAAAGCGAUUAAUCUUUCUUUAUCUUCGACACUUUCCGCACCUUUCGACUGAUACGAAUAAAAUACGGUUGCUCUGUUUUAGACCAAUGAAUGGAAAGGUUAACGAAAGUGCUCAACAAAUGGCUUUCACGAUUGCAUUUGUUUUUAUUCGUAAGCUCAAACUUGUUUUAAAUCUUGAUUAAUAUGCAGUGGAUCAUCCUGAAAUGGUGCAAAAACCCUGUCAGAGGGAAAUAUACAGGAAAGACUCGAGUCACAUUUUUCAUCUACCGCCUCCACCCAGCCCCUACCGCCAGGAUCCAUUUCGCGUGAUACGCCUAUUAUGCGAAGAUUUAUAACGCUUUUAAACAGAAACAUUACAAGUAAAACGAGUGCAAGAAGAAGAAAAAACCUGCUGCAGGCAAAAAAAAACGUAAAAACGAUAAGGACCUAUCAAGCGAAAGAAAAAUUGACAUCGAAGUAGAUGCAUCAUUUUUUUAAAUGAGUAGAGUUUUCCCUUUCGGGUGGAAAUUUAAAAAGGGGUAAUAUUCUUCGCCCUUCUUGUAGAUAGAUAGACUAUUGUAAUUUGUAGUGGAACUUAACUAAACUUGUGUAGGUUAAUGUAGUGGUAUUUUUCUAUAUUUCAAAUGCAGUCGAAACUGCUGAUUUAGCAUGCACUUAUACUGAUCAAAAAAUAUGUUUGUGCUAGCAUAAUUCAAAUAGAGGAAAUUAACUGAUAGAAAAGAAUUUAUCAUAGAGUCUAGUAAAAGUUACUGUUUAGAGAAAUUUUGUUGCAAAACAUCUGCUAAGAUUUUAUUUCGUUGACGAGUCCAUCUGUAAAUAGUGAAAGCAAACAUGAUAAAAUGAGCCCCAGAGUUUUUCAAACUUUCAAGCAGUUUUGAUGAGUCUUUAUAAAAAGCUUGUUUUAACGUAUUGGUAGCUCUGGAAGGUACUGACAUUUUAUCGAAUAUAAUUUAAAGGACAGAGUAGUAAAUAAAAAAAAUUAAAUGGUUGUGUACAGUACACGACCACGGUGACAUUAAAAAUGUAGCUUUUUUCAAGAGCGCGCAAAUGAAUUUUAUCUAUCACACAUAUCGACUCACGUUCUUGCUCACUCGCCUGUUUUCAUAUGUUACAAUUUGCUAUAUACCCUCCCCCAUUAAAACAUAAUUUAUUGAAGGUCUUUUAACGGUAAUCUAUUAAUUAAUCAAGUAUCUCACUAGGUGAUUGGCAUUAUUUGGCUGAUCCAUCUAGUAAAAAUAGGCUGGUCUGUCCAGAAAAUAUAUUUAAAAGCAAAGUUCCAUAUUGAGAACUGGAAGCCCACGCCCGCCAACGGAAAUAUACAGAUUCUCCAUGUAAUAUGAAAUUUCAUUUUCCAUUUAAAUUUUCAAUAAUGUACUAAUGAACUUAAGUAAACAAUCUUAAGGUUAAGUAUUUCUUGAUCGAUUAGUGGUGGAAAAAAUGAAAUUAUUUGAUAAAUUACAUUGUUAUGCAACGUUCGCACUACCGGUUAAAACGGGUUUUUAUGCUAUCUUGGUGACAUUUUUCUUGUUGCUAAUUAUUAAAAAGUAUUAUAACUCUGUAGUGUAAAUAUUGUAUUAUUAAACCAAUUCUGCAGCGUUUAAUGUUAUAUAGGUGUUUUAUGUGGUAAUAGGACUGACAUAAUUAUAUCUUCAGUACAGCGGUUUGUUUCAUAAUUUAAAACAGAUUUAUUUUAAAAUUUAAAUUAGUAUACGCAACCGUUCUAUUUGUUGUAUACUUUAAAACGCAAUUAGAACUGUGUUUUAAAUACAUAGGGUAGGACAGAUACUCUGACUGGAUAAACUGGGAAAACAAUUUUAAGUCCAGUAACGCUUAAGACAUGGCUUGAAUUUGAAUCGAAAAAGAACACCCACUUAAACUGUUGCUGGGACGGUAAGUUCUGUUUUAAAAUUUUCCGUUGUGUGCAGUACGAAACAAAAGUGUUUGAAAUUAGAAAACAAAAAGUUCUGCUGGGAAUGUGAUUGUUUCCGAUGCAAUUACACUCAGGUUUUUUCACGCAGGGGAUACAGGCCGUGUAAAUGAAAACCGUAAAUUUCAAAAAAAACGCGUAAAUGAAAACCGCGUAAAUUUCAAAAUCCGCGUAAAAAAACCUGAGUGUACUCUCCUAUAUAAAAUACUACGCUGAUGAACAGUGCAAUAACUACAGAAGCACGUUGUCAGAUGCCAUACUGAUAAAAAACAUAUAACCGAAAUAUGAAACAUAUGAAAACCAAUAGGCUCUUUACCCUACGCAGCUACAAAGCGGCGUAAACAUGGAUUAACAAGUUACAACGCACACGCAUGCAUAAAAAUAAAUAUUCUAGAGAAAAUUUAGAAUAGGACGUAAGUAACAAUGAGAGAUUCUCUUUGGGGUCUUUCUCCUCUGUUCAUUACUCAGCCAUUUCAACAUUUACUACUCUACUCUUUGCAUAAUAUUCUAGUAAAAACCGUCAGCUUUCGAUAUGUACUGGAAAAUUAGUACAAAGUGUUGUAAUGACGUCGUAAUAAACGAAAGAGAAAGUAAACAAAGAGAGGCUCUCAAUGUUACUUACGUCCUAUUGAAAAUUUUCACUAGAUAUUUUUUUCAAACGCAACACUCUUAUGGCGAUUUCGCUUGAACCUGAGUCAGGUUCUAACCCCAACCGCUGUCAGUUCAUACAUUUUGACAGCAGUUGGGGUUAGGAACUGACUCAGUUUCGCCUCAAACAAAAACCACAUUAAGCAGCACACACCGUAUUGAAUUAAAUCCAAACCACCCCACCCACCCACUUUGCAAAUCAUUCUGUGACACCGUGCUGGUACCCGAAAAAUCCGCACACGGCCACCACUGCCGAAAAUGCAUAGCGUGAGCGUCUACCGCUUAUUGUAGUGCCCAAACGCUGCAACCAUGAUCUUACCCGUUCGACAUAAGAACAAAAACUGAUUCAAACGGGUACGCGUCACCUCUAUUUAUAAACUAACCGUAUAUGGUUUAGUCACUUAGGUGCGAGUGUGUGCAAAUGCCAAUGUUGCCGAAAAUCUAUAGCGCUUAUUGCAUCGCCCGGAGACGACGUUGCUCGUGUGGGAUAAGAGCAACAACUGAUUUAAACGGACAUGCGUUGCUUCUAUUUAUGACUUUUCGUGUUUCAUUGAGCCACUAAGCUGCUCUCUAUUGACGGCUGUGCCUGAAAAAUCUGCUUCACGAAUGGUAAAUUUCCCGUUUUUCGUGAACUUUUUAAUUUUACCAAUUUCCAAAAGUCUACUUUUAUUGGGGAGAUAUUAAAUUAUUACCAAUAUUUAAGUUAGGUGUCUCUGAAUCGGUUCGUGUAUGAAUGAUUAAAAUCCAUCUAGUAGGGGAACAUGGGGAGACUUGACCAGGUUUUCAGCUAAAACUGCAUAAAUCUCUAAAAAAGCCUUCAAUCCCCCAAAAAUCAUUCAGAUAUAAUGCGCAAAGUUAUUGCGCGUCUUCAUGAUUUUUUGCAGAAUUUUUAAUUUAAUUUUUGAAAAGUUACAAAAGUUUUUCUGUUAUCGUUUUUUCUGGUCAAGUCUCCCUAUUGCGGGGAGACUUGACCAAGGCGUGGGGAGACUUGACCAAGAGAAUUUUGAAAAAUCAUAACAAAAAAUAAUGACAUAAAACAUACUGUACUUAUUUUUUCCCUAUUGUCGAGAUCCUUAGGUAGCAGUAAAAAAUAUAAAAGAGUUGCAUUUGAUAAAUUUUGAUUUUUUUAAAUGCAUUUCUUUUUAAGGAUUAACUGUACUGCUUGCAUUGCAUGUUCACACGUCACGAAAUCAGUCCCACUAUUGCUAACUUUGCUUACAAAUUUUAAAAUAUAAAGACUUAUGUUUGGGGUGGGUUUUUUUUAUGGCGUGAUUAACAUUAACAGUAGGUACCAAAGCAUAAUAAAUAUUAGGAAUUUUGUAUUUUUCUUCAGCUGAUCGCCACUUGGUCAAGUCUCCCCAUAAAAUCUUGGUCAAGUCUCCCCAACAUUAGUUAUUGCGUUCAAUUUCAUGUGAAUUCUAGUAAUAACUAUUCCAAUGUUCCAGUUUAUGUAAAAUCAUUUCACUGCUUCACAAGGAUUAAGAGGGUAUAUUAGUCCUUUAAUAGUAAUUAGUAGUCGAGUAGAUAUGUCCAUACAAAGUUUGAUAAAAAAUUACAUAAUUUAAUGCAAAUUUAUUAAUCACGUAAUAUUUUCUGCAAGGAAAGGAUUUUUUACUCCAAACUUUCCAAAUUACCUUAAGGGAUCGAAACAAGUAUAAAAAUAGUUUUGAAAAAAAAUUAAGAAUCGAAUAGGAGACGCCAUAGCCGAAAAUAGAAUUUUGCGCUUGGUCAAGUCUCCCCAUGUUCCCCUAAUAUCGGAGUUAUAAGCGUUCACACCUUACAUAGGUUCGUUACAUGGGAGAUAGUUUAGAUUUUACAAUGACACCUAGCCCCAGAUAGUGGAGUAAGACAUUUUUAAUGUCAAAAACAAUAUGAGGUCAGUAUUUUAAAGGUUUUUUUUUCAAAUGAUUUUCUGUCAACUGAGUUGACGUUCGAUCCUGAAUCUCUAAUUAAUGACUCCAGUUUUCUUUGCAAUUUGCGUGAACGUUACCAAAUUUUGAAUCAAAAAUGACCGUUUACUCAAACAAACUUUUCGCAGGCUGCGGUCAAAGCAUUAUCAGUUGACGACAAAACCAUAAGAUACUGCUGAUCCGUUACGCUUGUAUAAUUCAGUCCAUAACGUCACGUUACUCCUCAUAAAACGAAAAAUUCGAUAGCAAGUCGAAGACUAAAAUAUUACGAUAAUGUUUAUAAAAAUUACAAACAUCAUGACUAAGCAGCUGAAAUCAUGAACAUGAAUCACACUACUCAACGUGAAAAAUCCAAGAGCGAAUUCAUAAACAAAGUAUCACGCCAACACGAAGAGAAUUUUCUAAAAUCAUGACUUACCCCCUAAAACCAUGAACAUCGUUCAAUUCUCGGGUCUUUUAGUCAAUAUGGUUAAUACGAAUCAGUUUAUCUCCAAGUUAUGAAAUGGAAUCAUAAAAACUUCACUUGCAGUAACCCUUUUGAAACUUCGAGUGUAACGCAAUACAUUUUUGCGUGAAUUAGUUUUUUGAAAAUACAAAUAUGUUCCUCAAUACGUGGUUCAGUACGGCUACAUGUUAGAGGUUCCGAAAUGUAGUUUGAAGAGUAUUGCAACCGCCGCAGCAUCAUUUCCUAUUCCUACUAAGACGAGGAAAGCCUUUAUGAGAUGGUGUAAAUUCAAGAACACUCACGUGAGAAAAAAAAUAAGUUGGGCUGGUUGGGAAUUCCCAGUGUAAGUGGGAAGAAGACAAGUUGGUGUUUCUGAACAGUAAAGUUCAGUAUCUUUUUUGCGCCCCAUGGAGUGCUCUUCGCUGCUUUUGGAAUUACUUAUGCUGCAGUCUGCUUGAUAAGAUCUAAGUAAAAUACAGUCUUCCCAAAUGAACAUCGUACACAAUUUCGCUCUGUUGCUCAUAUUGAACCCACACUUUGUGUAUGAACUCAAACACGCUAUUUUGUACCAAAAUACGUGCACAUGUUCCAGUGGCGGAUCCAGCGGGAGGGUUCUGGGGGUCCGGACACCUCCCGAAAUUGUGUAACUUGUUGAGAAAUUUUAAAAUAGUUUCUAUUUUUAUUUGUUCUAAACUCAAAUUUGUUCUCAAAUCAAAUUCGACCAGGGAAAAUGAUUUUAUUAAAUAAUGUUAUUAGUUACUAUGUUUUAAUUGCCGCAAGGUUCUACUGUAUCGAUUUUGUUGGCUAUUUUCGGCAAAUUUGAGACUAAGAGAAACGAAAGCAAUGAAAUUGAAAGACGGGUAGGUAUUCUAGAGCGAAUCAGUUAUAAACUUAGAACGGAAAACUAGAACUAGGCAGGCUCAUAUGGGCAUGAUCGAAAGGAAAUGUGAAAAAUUCUUUGCCUUCUGCAGAGUAGGAGU